AUGGCAAGAUUCUAUUGUGUCCAAGUUUACGUACACACGUACAUCCACCUUGGCAAAAAGACUACAGCCCCAAAGACCCAAAACAUGGAACGGAGCCUGCAAGAGGCAAGGGAAUCCGAACUGACAUCCUCCAAUACAAAGGGACUCAUCAUAGGCGGAAGUGUUGUUGGUGGAAGUAUCGUCCUCGUGGUACUGAUCAUCUGCUGUUGCUGCAGUGUUCGAUCGCAGAAGUCCAGCAAUGCAAAGGUAGUGCAACCUGUAAAGAAGCAGACUGGCGAUGGAAGAGAGCUGAACGUAGUGGAGGAGUCAGUUAGUAAGGAGGUGGAUGAUGGAGCAAAAAAGGAUGGUGGGAGCCAUGAUGAUGAAGCCGACUCAGAGUUACACGCAAAGAAGGUUCGGUUCUCCUGUGAAGCUGAAAAGGAGGCGCCAGCUGACAGCUCCGCAUUAAUGGAGACCACACCUGUUGCAAAACUAGCUGCAAGUUUGCCCUCCUAUGCCAAGAUUCGAGGGGGCAAAACCUCUCCAUUUUACUCAAACGCAGAACCAUAG